CGUUCCACCCGCCCCUUAAUAGACUCGAGCUGUCGCGUCCGCCUUGCGCUCGCUCUCCGGGUAUUGCUACCGCGCGGAGGACGCUGCACGGACUUUGCCGCUAGUCUCCUAGCUCUCGUCUCGAAGUCCACCGCGGCGAACAUGGCCUCAGGAGUUCAGGUUGCUGAUGAAGUAUGUCGCAUUUUCUAUGACAUGAAAGUUCGGAAAUGUUCCACACCAGAAGAAAUCAAGAAAAGAAAGAAGGCUGUCAUUUUUUGUCUCAGUGCAGACAAAAAGUGCAUAGUUGUUGAAGAAGGCAAAGAGAUUUUGGUUGGAGAUGUUGGUGUUACCAUAACUGAUCCUUUCAAGCAUUUUGUGGGAAUGCUGCCUGAGAAAGAUUGUCGCUAUGCUUUGUAUGAUGCAAGCUUUGAGACCAAGGAGUCCAGGAAAGAGGAGCUAAUGUUCUUCUUGUGGGCACCAGAACAUGCGUCUCUGAAAAGCAAAAUGAUCUACGCAAGCUCGAAGGAUGCCAUCAAAAAGAAAUUUCAAGGCAUAAAGCAUGAGUAUCAAGCAAAUGGACCAGAAGACCUCAAUCGGAAUAGUAUUGCUGAAAAGCUAGGUGGCUCCCUAAUCGUAGCUUUUGAAGGAUCCCCUGUGUAGAUCAUCAGCCAGUGCCACGAAUUGAAGCUUCCAUGUUUAACACUAUCCUUUCACUAUGUCCGUAAAGCAAACAUAUUAGGCCAGAUCUCACUGAGGGGAAUUUGUCUUGUCAUCUUUUAAAGUAAAUUGAACUAAAAUUCUGUAGAUGUGUGCAAACACCACCACCCUACAUAAAUCUAGCCUCUAAAGUUUCAUUGGUGUGAAAUUAAAUUCUUAUUGGCCAAAUGCCUAUUUUCAUGAGGUGACGUGUAAAGAUUUUGUUAAGCUCAGGAUUUUUAAUAACACAGUUCACAAAACAAUACAAGGCAAUGUGAAGCGAACUCUAUAAUCUUCGCUGACCUCAGCAGUUACUUUUGUUUCUCUUGCUUAGAAAACUGAUUGUAAUCUAUGUAUAAUUUUCAUCCAAAUUCUCUAUUUUUCCUUGACUUAAACAGAAUAAGAGCUAGAAUUUUCUUUAUAAUGUGUACAACACUAACUUACACUAACAGCAGCAAGACUAAGCCAGGCAGUCUUCAUUCUAUUGGAUGUGUCAUGAGACUGCUUCACAAUUGUGUCUGCUUAAACUUCACACUGUUCCUGCCGAGCACCAUCCAGAGCACAGUGCUGGAGGUAGCCAGCAGCUCGUCUGUCCCUGCAGUGAGAGGCUCCCUGGGCUGGGAAACUGCUUGCGGUGACUUUGUGACUUAGAAAUCAUGGUAUAUCCUCAGGAGAAUGUUCAGUGUCUUGUAACAACUAAUUAUAUUGCAAAUUAGGGCUUUGUUGUAAUCUACUUUAUUAAUGAAAAAUGAUAAAGCAGUAUAUUAAUAAGCCAGGGUGCUGUCAAUCUUUAAUUUCUCCUUCAGAACCCUGCUGCAUCUGGUCCAGUAGGAUGUGGAAGAGUGUUGAGUAUAUUUUCUCUGGGGCCUGGUUGGAUGCAAACCCCUAGAGCAGUUUACCAGCUGUGUGUGAAAUGGGAAGCAGGUACCACCGUGACACUCACAGGGGACCACCGAACAACACUUGGGUGUGAUUGUUAACAUCACAGGCAUGACACUGACCAUGUAGAGAUGCACAAACAGCUGAAUUUAGAAGUAGCAAUGCUGGCUUUAUGUAAUAAAGGAAGCAUUUGUAACUUAA